AUGAAGAAGGUGCUUCAUCGAAGUUUCAAGCCUGCGAAAUGCAAAAGCGCUUUACAAAUGGCGGCUUCGCGCCUGAAAAUACUCAAGAACAAAAAGGAUACACAGAUUAAGCAAUUGAGAAGAGAGAUAGCUCAAUUGCUCGAGUCCGGCCAGACCCAGACGGCUCAAAUCCGGGUGGAGCAUGUGGUGAGAGAAGAGAAGACAGUGGCUGCUUAUGAGCUCCUUAGUAUAUAUUGUGAACUGCUUGUUGCUCGUUUGGGUGUCAUCGACUCACAAAAGACAUGCCCUACUGAUCUAAAGGAAUCUGUUGGGAGUGUCUUAUACGCUUCCAAGAGGUUAUCAGAUGUGACAGAGCUCGCUGAUGUCGUUAAGCAAUUCACUGCAAAGUAUGGGAAAGAUUUUGUUUCAGCUGCUGUUGGGUUGCAACCUAGUUCUGGUGUGAGUCGCCUGUUGGUGGAUAAGUUGUCUGUUAAAGCUCCUGAUGGUCCAACAAAGAUCAAACUUUUGAAAGAGAUUGCUGCAGAGCAUAAUGUAACUUGGGAAGCAGAAUCUUUGGUUGAAUCAGAUACAAAGGAAACCGUAUCGUCGAGUGGAGCAAGUUCCUCUCAGUCAGCGAUUGGAAGAAACUCGGAAUCUUCAAGAAUCCCUCACAAUCAACCUCCAAAGACUAUCAAUGUGCCGCAGAACUCAUAUGCAGUUGAUGGAAGAUCUUCAAGCCACACUGCAUCUACUGAUUAUAACGUUGGGAAGACAGGUGAUCACUAUCAUCAAGAUCCAAGGCCUUCUGGAUCUAAAACUGAUGCCAGAGAACAAAGACAUCCAAGUCCUAGUUAUGUGGAUUCAUCUCCAUGGGAAACAGAAUUUGUUGAUGCUACGAGUGCUGCACGGGCAGCUGCUGAAUCUGCUGAAAGAGCGGGUUUUGCUGCACGUGCAGCUGCUGAGCUUUCAAGCAAAGAACGGAUGAUGAAGUCGAUGCAGAACUCAACAAAGUCGCGGAACUCAUCCGCUUAUGAUAGUUCCAAAAACGAGCCCCCGCAUAGACAUAGUAGUAGCUCAAAUGUGCAGAGCAGUAACAGGCAAGAAGUUCAAGAAGAUAAAUCUACAAUCAGGGCAGAGUCUUCUAAGAAGGCCGUUGAUGAGGUGUCAGAAAAUGCUUCCUUUGCUGAAAUAGGUAGAGAGAAGAAGAAGAAGCCAAUGGAUGAUAUAAACCAUAGCUGUUCAGAGGAUGUUCCACUCGAGAAACUGUCAAGCCGGGCUUCAUCAGGUUCUGACAGAAGCUAUAUUUCUGAUGACAAUAAUGCUGCUGCUUCGGACCAUAUCGAUGCACCGAGCAUCUUGGAGGAUAACAUAUUUCACAGCACUGUUGUAGAUACAGAGAGCCUCAAUCACGAUCCUGAUGUUGUUGAAGCUCCGGCUUUUGAUGACUAUAGCUCGUUUUUCGAUAAACCUCAAUUCGACACAGAAGAUGUUUACCGCGAUGAACCAGAACACGGAUUAGGAUUCUCAUUGCUUGGCAGCAGCAGCAGCAAAACACCUGAUCAUAUGCCAACAGAGACAGAUUCAUGGAGCUUCAAAGAACACAAUUCUCUGGGACAACCUAGCUCAGCCUCAAACUCACAGGUUCUUGAAAAGGAGAAGCCAAGUUCUCCCUUAUUUGAUGAUGGUCCUACAAGUCCUCCAGCUUCUCUGCAUGAGCAUGAGCCUGAGCCGUCUCCAAAGUUUGACGAUUAUGACCGAGAUUCUGAAAGUGAGGAAGAAAACAACCUGAGCAACAAAGGAAAACUUUCUGCAAGUCUAGAAGAGAAGCCAAAGCUGACAUCUCAUAAGUCCUCAGUGUCUGAAACUCCUGAUGAUUUAGGACGCUACUUUUUCCCCUCAGACACAGAAGACCAAGAAGAUGAUUCCAGGCCACAGGACGAUUUUGACGCAGAAACUCCUACAGGUGGACUCAAGAAUGAAGAGACUCUCCCAUCUUAUGAAAUGAGCCCGCCAAGAGACAAUGCAUUGUCCAAAUCUGUAGAAGAGCAUGUCCACACAGAGGUUGAUCCGUCGAGGUCUUCUUCUUCGCAGACGGUUUCUUCUAGCAGUAUCAGGAAAGAUCUCUACACUCAGAAACCAAGCAAACCAGAGAAAAGACCAAGCUCUAUACCUCCAGAUUCAUCUUCAAGUGAUGAUGAAACAGAGAUGGAACUUCGUAAGAGAGUUUCUAUCAGAAAUCAAGAUAAAAGAACCGAGUCAAGAACCAGGCCCUCACAUCGUCAUUCGCGUGUCAGCGAAGAGGACUCUGAGGAAAAACUCCCGGCUCGAGCUUCUACUAGAAGUCAAGAGGGAAGGACCCACAAGACCACCCCUGCUUCUUCUGCCUCGUAUUUUCACUCAUUGUCUAGUGACGAGGAAGAUGAUAAAGAAGUCACUAUAGAUGUUGUACGCAACCAAACCAAGCCUUCUGUUUCCAUCUCACGAAGAACAAAGGGGCAAGAGAAAAGAUCAUCCCUGGUUACAGCAAGAACCGACAAAGUCUCUCAUGAUCAAGAAUCUCCUCAGCAGCUAAUUCCUAAGGCCAAGCCACUGGCUAAGCAAGACAAAGCUUCUUACGACCAAGAAUCUCCACCAAAGGUAUAUCCAAGGGCUAAGCAACAAGGUUCAACUUCAUCUUCAAGCUCUAUUCCAGAAACCAACAAAGUCUCUCACCAUCGAGAAUCACCUCCAAAGGUAUAUCCAAGGGCCAAGCCACUGGCUAAGCAAGAAGGGUCGGCUUCAUCUUCAAGCUCUCUUCCAAAAACCAAGAAAGUCUCUCACCAGCAAGAAUCACCUCCAAAGGUAGGUUCUGAGGUUAAGUCACUGGCUAAGCAAGAAGGGUCGGCUUCAUCUUUAAGCUCCCUUCCAAAAACUGUGACACCACCAGAGUCAGAAACUCCAGCGAAGGAGAAAGCUAGCCAUGUUCAUCCGAAGCUCCCAGAUUAUGACGACAUAUUUGCUAAGCUCGGGGCACUUCGUCGGUGA